AUCUCUCUUAGCAGCAACUAGGGACACGUGAAUUCCGAAUUGUAGGUUAAAAUUUAUCAUUGCCAUGUCGCUUUUGAAUUAGAUACAGUUUAAUAGUUAAUGUCAACAUAAAGAUAGGCGUGUAAAUAUUUAGAACAUUGUUCUACUGAAUUUUUGAAAUAUGGGUAAAGGCAACAAACACCAGAAAAGUCUUAAAUCGGAGAAAGCAAAAGUCAAGUUAAAAGCAAAAAAAGUAAAACAUUUACCAAAGGGACUUAAUGUAACGGAUACUUCUUUUAAAGUGAAAAAAAUAAUUAUAAGAGAACAACUUAAACAACAGGAAGACGGAGGAAUACUUAGUCGUAGAAAGCUUAACGUUAAGGAUCUAUUGUCUCGGCUUCGACAUCACAACUCUACAGUGCGUCGUGAUGCAAUUGGAGAAUUGAAAGAGAUCAUAUUGCAAUAUUCAACAGAGAUCUUGAGUUCGCAACUAAAUGCGUUACUUCAUGGAGUUUGCUCGCUUGCACUUGACAAAGAGCGAGAUGUUCGCAGAGAUGCUAUUAAAGUCUUGAUUUCAGUUCUUAGUCCAAUUUCAAAUGAGCAGCUUUUGCCAUUUGCAGAUAUUCCGAUUUCAUACUUAAAAUGUGCCAUGACUCACAUUGAUCCAAAUAUCAAAGAAGACUCUUUGAUCUUACUGGAUGUUUUAGUACAAAAUUGUGGAGGCCUCGUUGCCAAAAAUAGUAGGAAUAUACUACCGAAUUUUUUGGACAUGAUAUCUAAACUUCGCACCGAUGCGCAAGCUGGCCGUCAACUUGUUACUUCAGUAAAUUCAAAAAGCACUAGUAUUGAAUGGAGGAUAAAAGUCUUUAAUCGCCUUACUAAUAUACUAGAAUCUCUGGUCAACGAGAAAAAAGUACAGAAUUUUAAUCACUGUAACAAUAUUGUACAAACUAUUAAAGUUGACGAAAGUGCUGUAUCUAUUCCUAUGUAUCAACCAAAUAAUUUGGGACAAUGUAUAAUAGAUUUUGAUUAUAUUUUGAAUAUAAGCGAUGAAGGUGUGGAAAGUAAAGACUUUGAAUCAGAGGAACUCGUAAAAUGUAUAAGUGCAUCGAUACCUCUUCUUUUUGGAACAUGGAUAGAAGUUUGUCCAAAGAAUCGAUCAACACACUCUGAUUUAGUAAUUUCCAGUGAGGCAUCGUCGUUAUUAAAAAGUUUAUUAAAUGUAUUACAACUGACGAUAGAUUACAUAGAUGAGUUAGAAUCAAAAAUUGGAGUCGCUAAUAUUAGCAAAUGGUUUGCUCAACAUUUUCAAAACUCAUUUGUGGAAAAUAUAUUUCUUAAAUUUCCAUUUCGGGAAACAAAGAAUGCCAAAAAAGCAAAAAGAAGGCAAGAGGAUUUUUGUACCGAGAAUUUUGAUGAGGAAUCUUCUGAGCAGAAUCUCGCAAUUUGCCAACUGUAUAUUUGGUUUGCAUCUGUGCGAUCAGGAGAUGAAUUAGUGAGCAUUUUAAACAAAGAUUACUGCACUCGAGUACUGGAAUAUUUGAAUGGUAAAAUUGGAAACUGGACCUCAUUCGAUUAUCCAGUACUCCCACAGUUGGUAAAGCUUCUGAGAACUCUAUUUUUAAGAGCAAGUAAAAUUUGGUAUACAAGGAAUAUAAGUCUUGGAGAGACAUUGAGAAUUGUAACUGAUGUUUACUCCCGACAACCUAGGAAGGAAUUGCAAUCGCAACUUUUCACUGUACUCAGUGAGAUUACGAUGGAUCAUAGCUUGAUCAAUUUGCAUCGCGAAGAAGCAUUCAAGAGAUUUGUGACUUCGUUACCUGAAUUAUUAUUGAAGAGCAGCGUCUACGAUAGUACAAUUCAGACUCUAAAUCGUGUGGUUUUGCGGCACAGAGCAUGGAUUCAGGAGGUAUUAACUGAAAAACACGAAGCAAUUCUAGGUAUGUGUUAUAAAUCCCAUUGCAUUAAAUUUUUUGUCAAACUUUUUUUUACAGAAUUAGUGUGUCAUUACAUUUCAGGAAAUGCGCGAAAAAUUCAAAUAAUAGGAUCUGAAAAUGAAGAAUUGUCUCGAUUAACUAUUUGUAAUUUAUUUUACUUUUUGGAGGAACAAAUUUAUUAUUAACUAUGUGAAAAAAAAAAUGACAACUACAGUGUAUGAUAACUAAUUAAAAAAAUACCUCAUAGAUUUUUUGUACAUCCUACA